GGCACCAUGAGACUCUCAUCAGCCUGGACAACACUUGUUUUCUUUCUUAUUCAAGGAGCAUUAAGAGCCUGCACAGUGAAGAAACUGGGCAGCAGCACGGGAAGAUUUGCCAACGCCACCUUAGUGCGUCUGUCAGAGUUUUUGAGUGCGGGGUAUAAAAAGGGAGUGAGACCAGUAAAAGACUGGAGAACGUCCACUAUCGUAGCCAUAGACCUCAUGGUUUACUCUAUCCUCAAUGUGGAUGAGAAGAACCAGGUUUUGACAACAUAUGUGUGGUACAGACAGUCAUGGACGGAUGAAUUCCUAGUCUGGAACCCAGAAGACUUUGAUGAAGUCAAACAAGUGUCUAUACCCACCGCUAACGUGUGGGUGCCUGACAUCCUCAUCAAUGAGUUUGUAGAUGUGGGAAAGUCUCCGGACAUACCUUAUGUCUAUGUAACACAUGAUGGACUGGUGCGCAACUAUAAGCCCAUCCAGGUUGUCACAGCCUGCACUCUCAACAUCUACAACUUUCCAUUCGACGUCCAGAAAUGCAGCCUCACCUUCCAGAGCUGGCUUCAUACCAUUGAUGACAUCAACAUCACCCUUAUGCGAAGCCCCGAGGAGCUCAGGGAAGACAAGAGUGUCUUCAUGAACCAAGGAGAAUGGGAGCUGCUCCAUGUUCUGUCCAACUACAAGAUCUUCAGUGUGGACAAUGAUGACUAUUACGCUGAGAUGAAGUUCCAUGUGGUUAUUCGGCGGCGGCCAUUGUUCUACACUGUGAACCUCCUGCUGCCCAGUAUCUUCCUGAUGGUGAUGGACAUCGUGGGUUUCUAUCUGCCACCAGACAGCGGAGAGAGGGUUUCCUUCAAGAUCACCUUGCUGCUGGGCUACUCUGUCUUCCUCAUCAUUGUAUCUGACACUCUGCCUGCCACCGCCAUAGGAACCCCACUGAUAGGUGUGUACUUCGUGGUUUGCAUGGCCCUCCUGGUGAUCAGCCUGACAGAAACUGUGCUGAUUGUGCGCCUGGUCCACAAACAGGACCUACAGCCGCCUGUACCCCACUGGGUCAAGUACCUGGUGUUGGAAAGAGCUGCGGUCCUCUUCUGCAUCCACAAGAACCACCGACUGUGCUCUAGACUGUCCUCCCAGGCCUCUGACCUGGAGCACUACAAGGACAACAACUAUGGGACUGCCCAGUGCACCCUCCACCACACCUGUGAGAUAGGCCGAAGGCUCAGUCAUCACGACAGGGAGGGCGGGCUGCUCGGACUGGGCCUGCCCCCCUCCAGGGACCCUACCCCACCCGUCAUGGACAACAUCCUGCAGGAAGUGACAGCGAUUCGCCACUUCCUGGAGAAGAGGGAUAGGUGCCGUGAAGUUGCCAAGGAGUGGCUGCAGGUUGGCUACGUCCUGGACGUGCUGCUCUUCAGAGUCUACUUGGUGGCCGUGGUGGCUUACAGCAUCACACUGGGCACGCUGUGGUCAGUGUGGCACGUUGCCUGAGUCUCACCACUGUAGUCCUGUGGACAAAAGCUCAGUGGGUAGAACAUGGAGUUAAGAAUAUCUGAGUGAGUUGCUCUAUGCCUGUGGAGCUCUGUGUACAGGGAGGCACUCACAUAGUAAUGGAACAGGAAAGCGGUUCCUGUAGUUGGAGCCUACAGUAUGUACAUUCAAAGCUGACCUAUUGGGUUUGCCAUUAUAUCCCUGAAAACAGCAGGCUAUUCUUUAUCAUCAUCAUCUUCUUAGGUUUGAUCAUUUUUAAAGUUCCAUGACGUAAAUGUCUUUUGAGAUGCUUUUUCAGGGCCGGUUUGAGGUUUUUUGGGAUUGAAAUUGACAUACUGCCUCACACAUUUAUUAUUAUUCAUCAUUAUGAAGGAUUAUAAAGGAUGACAGUAGCAGUAACACACCAAGCAAAGACAUCUUAGCUGACUUUAGUAUUGUCCCAUCACAAAACAAACAAACAAACGACAAUUAAUACAAUAAAGAAAGAUAGAAAUUUAAAAAUGCUGUUUUAAAACAUGCACUUUGAAAAUGUACAGUACUAUAAAAAACUCAUACAUUUUUUUACUUGAAUUAUCAGAAGAAAGGAAGAGUGGACUUGUACACAUGUGUAAUUUACAUGUUUCAUGUGGCUGAGGAGCCUUAAACUUCCAGUUACAGUAGUUCUUUAUGACUGGUCUGGUUGGGUUU